GAUGCCCCCGUGUCCCCCCAGAGCGCUGCAGUCGGGGCGGCACCGCGUGCCCCGGGGGGCGGCACGGCUGCUGGCCCCGCUGGGGGACCCCCAGAAGGUGAUCUGCGUGGGGCUCAACUACCACGACCACUGCCGGGAGCAGGCUGCCAGCGUGCCCCGGGAGCCCCUCAUCUUCAGCAAGUUCCCCAGCGCCAUCGCCGGCCCCUUCGAUGACAUCGUGCACCCCCAGGACACCAGCGAGCUGGACUGGGAGGUGGAGCUGGCGGCUGUCAUCGGGAAGAGGGGGCGGCACAUCCAGGUACCCCUGCCCGCCUCGGGGGU